CAUCUCGGUGAGAAUUCCUUAGAUUCUAAGUCAACGCAUUUAAAGACAGCUCCAGCCAAAAGUUGUGACUCCUCUGAGUCUCUAAUAACGGUCAGUUCGGGUUUUAUAUAAGGUGCUGAAAAAAUUAUCGCCAGUUUGCUAAAUGACGUGUGUACCGUACGUGCGAUCCAUCAAUAAUCUACAUUUGCCAAGUGGAACUUUUGAUAGUGUCAAUCAUUAUGUUGGAGGUCAAAAUUCGAAAACAACGAGUUCGAUGAGGUCAACAAAUUCAACAACAACUUCCGUCGUUGUUGCAACCGAAGAUACAAACAAAUCAACGGAAACGAGUGGAAAAGAUGCAUCCAAAACCGUUGAUAUCUUCCAGGAUAUUCUCCUUGAUCCCAGUCUCGUAGUCGCUCGUCUAUAUCGUGACGUCAAUAAUGAAAUAUCGACCUGGUCAACACCUUUGAUCGACGUCAAGGACGAACAUUCUUCGAACGUCGAAGAAGAUCUUAAUACGGAGGAAGAUAGAUAUUAUUCGAUACCUUAUUGGUAUCGACGACAAGACUGGCAGAAAAAAGAAGAGAGACCAGCUUACAAAAAAGAAUCUUAUCGGAGGUUCCUCAAAUAUCCAAUAUUCUCUGGAAGGUAACAAGGUCGUUAACUGAUGUAUAAUAUCAUAUAUAAGUUUACUUCUUUUUUUUCAUUUAAUGAAAUAAACUUAUUUUAUAUAUAAUUGUAUUCUACAUGUGUCUGUGUUUGAAACAUAAAGAAAAAAAAUA